GUCAUCGAUCAGGUUCGCACACCUAACAAUAUAAUAUCGAGUUGAUUCAAUCCUUGUACCGUUUGCUACUUGUUACGUUGAAAGAAAAAAAUUACUUUAUUUACAUGAAAACUGUGCUCCAGCCGCUUGGCCACCUGCUCGACCAAUCACCGCGCGGAUCCGUGAGGCCUUCAAAAUUCGACCCGAUGAAGGUUUCUCGGGACACCGGAAGUAAAGAAAACAUUGGAUUCUGACGUGCCUCGAUGCCUUCCUACCUUGAAAUCCGAAGGCAGCAUUUAACAAACGAGCUGGAGUGGCGCACGCAGGCAUAGAAAGUUUUUAAACCCGAAUUAAUUAGUUCAUUGACGCAAUAACAAUUUUAUAAUGUGCCGUAGCUAACCGAUCCACACAUGAUAUUAAAAUCACAAAACUGUCGUGGUUAAUUUCGCAGACUUGAUUCAUCAGGAUCAGAUUCUAGUUAACGACAAUGUUGCCAUCGUGAUGACUGGCAGUCGUGGAAGUUUCUGGCAGCUCUAUCUGAAGCCGCUGUCACUCGGUCAGAUACAGUCGGCUCAUGACGCUGUUGCAGAGCAAGUUGGUAUGUAUCCGCGGAGUGGACUAGGAUAUAGUUUGUGGGGUCACCGCACACUUCGCGCUUGUCUUGCUGUCCGUGAAGUGGCAACUUUGAAGAAACUGUGUGGUUUGGACGCCAGGCAUCGUCGUCUCAAAGGGCUCCUAUUUAGUGCGCUUCAUUUAUGGGACAGACCGCUGUGCGGGAGGAGUUAUCUGUCUGGGGGCUGACAGAUUUGAUGGGUCGGUAAUUUAUAGUCCUGCCGUACAUUCGGCUAAUUGAGCUAGCUUGACCUCGUCUUUAACGGGUGAAAGACGAAGCAAAACCUGAAAAUGAACAACACUUGAAUGAUUCUCGUUGUGUUGCGUACGCAUUAAGAUAUAAUAGGGAAAGUUUCUUUCUCUGUUGCAACUAAUGUUGUUUUUCAGUAUUUAAGAAAGUAGAAAAGUUCUCUGAAAGAAAGUCGUAUUAGUGAAUGAGAGGAGCGUUAAGUGGCUAGCCAGCGCGCGCACUGACGCACGGGUGACCAUUCCUCUGCGCGAGGUGCUCAUUAUCAGUUCAGUGCAGCUCGGGCACACUUGGGAGCGUAAGGUACUGUUGUAAUGUUGGGCUCAGAGGACCAUGGAGAGACUAGCAAAAGAAACGCCACCGGAAUGAAACGGCCAUUUAGCCCCACUGAAGAAGAAACACUGACUGAACAGAUCGGACAUAGGGGCGUGUCCUCUGAUGGGGUUGAGCUUACUAGACAGGAUGCCCCACCUGCCAACCAUCGUCCAAAGCGGGAACGCAAACACAGGUCGUACACACUCUGCGAAGUGUGCAACAUUCAGCUGAACUCCGCAGCACAAGCACAGAUACACUACAAUGGCAAAACACACCAGAAGCGGCUCAAACACAUAAACAACAGUAACACAGGUACGGCUGCUCAGGGAAGCCCCCUGCUGGCCUCAUUACCGGUCCAGGGUCGCCCACUCCAGUCACCUCUGGACCUGAAACACUUCCUGCCCUUUCGGCUCAGUGGCUCCUCCCCUCUCAGCCUCUUCCCCAACUUUAACACAGUGAGUUUCCCCAACUUUAACACAAUGGACCCUGUGCAGAAGGCAGUGAUAAACCACACGUUUGGUGUUCCUCAGUCCUUAAAGAAAAAACAGGUCAUCUCGUGCAAUAUCUGCCACCUGCGCUUCAACUCCACGAAUCAGGCUGAAGCUCAUUAUAAAGGCCAUAAACAUGCUCGUAAAAUGAAGGCUUUAGAGGCUCAUAAGAACAAACAGCAGAGACGACAACUCGACAGUGCAAAUCAUAACCGAGAAAGAGAGCGAGAGAAGGAUCGAGAGAGGGACAGGGAGAGAGACAGCGACAGACUGAAAACAAGUGAUCAGGACGCACUUCCUGUCCAGCCCAUUGACAGCGCUGCGGAGAGUUCUGAGGUCUUUGACUCAGAAUCUGUCAUAAGGGUGGACAAUGCUAACUCCAGUUCCGUGGUCUUAACGCCUACAUCAGAGGUGUCAUCUGCAGACCUGUCCAUCUCUUCCCCUCAUUCCCAGCAUACAGAUAGCCCGCCAGAUGCCUCUGUUGUCCCCACCGAGCAGGAGAGCCCUACAGGAGAAACACAGGCUGAGAAGGACCCCAAAAAGACCAAACAACACCUGCACUGUCCCAUCUGCAAAGUUACAGUAAAUUCCUCCACUCAGAUGGAGGCUCAUAACAGUGGCACCAAGCAUAAACUGAUGAUGGAAGGACAAAGUGUUUUGCCAAGACGGCGAGGAAAAGCGAUGUCAUCCCGUAGCUCAUGUAAAAGCAAGCGAUUGGCCAGUAAGGGAAGUGUGGGCAUAGCCAGCAAGAGCUUCUACUGUGAAGUUUGCGAGAUUCAUGUGAACUCUGAGACUCAGCUGAGCCAGCACAUGAACAGUCGAAGGCAUAAGGAUAGACUGGCUGGGAAGCCCCCUAAGCCCAAGUUCAACCCUCACUCCAAGAGCCAGCCUUCCUCAGCAGCAUCGCAGAGCAUCAGGUGGAACGGUUAUGCGAGCAGUGCAGUGUCUGCUAUGAAGAAAGUAAUCACCCAAUGCAAUCUGUCCUCUCUGACCUCACAGAAGGAAAACAUUAGGGGUUUGUUUCUGGAAGCGAUCACCGGUUUAGAUGCUGAGAUGAGCCAUUGCCAACACAUAAUGACUUUAAUAGCGGUUGGUGAAUAUAUUAAUACUAUUGAAAGGGAUUUUUGGUGCAAUAAUGUUACAAGAAUACACAGUGUAUUAUGUAUAAAAAUGAAAGCGUGCGACAGGCUUAUAUUCAAUGAUAGGGAAAUAAAACGGUCAAAACGUUGAUUUUCUAAGGCACUUUUUGCAAUGUUAAAUGCUUUAGUCGUCUGCCGCUGUGUCUUUGAAUCAUCUUUAUUUACUUCUGUUUUUCAGCAAAUAUUAAUAGGCCUUUAUGCAAUUAAAUGUUAAACUAAUAACAGCCCUAAUAUAAAACUGACUACAAGUAUACAAACUGUUUCAAAUCUGUCAAGAACAGAUUAUUGACCCAGGAUGGUCAUCUGAUGGUCUUGGGUGGAUCUCCAGAUCUUAUAAUAGCAAAUAGGUGUUGAUGUUGAGUCUGUUGUUUCACUGAAGCCAUCGUUCACCUGUUUUUUUUUUCAAUGUGUCUACAGAGCUUUUUUGUAAAUAUUUUAUGAAUACAUCUUUUAAAAGUGAUCUAUGAGUCAAUAACAUUUAUAAUAUAUUCACUAAGAAUUAGAGUAAAUAUGUAGAAUUUUACGAAAUGUUUAAUGUAGAUGCUUUAUCUGGUUAUUGUAAUUAAUGUGAUGAUAAGAACGAUCUCUUCUUGAUGAAGUUAAUAAUUUUGUUGCAAUUUUAACAGAAACAAGCAGAUCUAAUCUGAAGUAGAUAAGUUUAUGUAGUUUUCAUGUCAAAUUGUAAGUGCUUUGAGAGGGGACGGAAUAUAAUGCUAAAAACGGGCCGUUUGAGACCCUAAACACCCAGAUAAGGGCGUCACAGUCUGGAGUCAUGGGUGAGUCUCAUGCCCACUCAGGGCUCUUGCUUUCCAGACGAGGAAUCGCCCUUCGGGAAUGAAGCCUGGGGCCUUGAACAGAGCUAACCAACAACAGCCAUAUUGAAACCAAGCUACAAGAGGCACAACAUGGACAAAUUCUGACUUUUCCUGAGGACACUUUAACACAGAGACUUUGCGUGGACUCCAUGAUUUGUUUGUUUGCGUGGACGUGCGUUUUGUUAACUCCUGAACAUCACACCAAUCCAUCCUCCAUAGCUAGAAGAUCAAUGGAAACACAAAAUGUGAAUGACAAAUAACAUUUGUGUCUCAGAGAAUAUUGGUUUCUUGAGGAACCACUGACACAAUUAUUCCAUUUCUAGAUGUGCCAUGAGGUCCAUAUGUUUGGUUAAGAUAUAAGUGUGACAGCCAAGUGGUUUCACAUUGUUCAUAAAGUAACCGUUCAAAAAUAUCUUUAUAUUCUUUUGCUUGUUAGGAGCUUUGUCUUUUUCAGUGUAGUGAAAUUCAGUCUUUAAGCAAUAAUUGCGGAUACUGGAGCAUUUUUAAGAAAAAACGAAGAUGACUUAGUUUCUCUCCCUCUGUCUUGUACGUUUUUCCUCUUAUUGUUUGGCGAAUUCUUCUAACAAUAAUAUUGGAAACCGCUUCAUUUGACAUUUCCCUCUUUUUUUCUUGGAUGUAAUGGAACGUUUGCUGUGUCACAGGGCACUCAUGGAAACAUCCGUUGCCAGUGGUGACAAGACAAGUGGAUGGCAUUUUUAAUUUCUUCCACAUACCUCCACUGUGCUUCAGGACAAUUGGGCCAUUCACACACAGACACACUAAUAACUUACACAUCUUUCUUCCUGCUUUGUGCCAAACUCUACUAUAAUAAUGUCUAGAUGCCAUAUUAUUUUUUCAAUAGUGUUUUUUUUCUUACACUCAAAUACACACACACACACAUAUAAACACAUCAUGAUCAAAAAGCACAAAAGUAUUUCUCCCAUAAAUAUGCAUCUGUUACAAACUCAUGGAGCCGCAUGUGCAAGUGCGUGUGCGCGCGUGAAUGUUCUUUUGAAAAAUAUGUAAACUGUGUCAAAUCCAGCUAGAUGUUUUAAAGGCAUGAACCAAAAUGAGAACAUUUAAACAAUGCUUCUAACAAGGGACAUGGCCAGUAUUACGUAAUUUAAAUAUUGACAGACAUCAUACUUGUUCGCUGUGUUCGAUGCAUUUUGUUUGUGUGUGACUGCACCGAACUGUCAUCUGACACAAAGAGAAACGUAUUUUCAUAGGGGUUUUGUUUUCUGACUCAUUUGCUAUUUCUCUGUACAGGGUGUGUAUGAAUGCGUGAAACGAAAUAAAGCAGAGAAUGAGAGAGAGAAAUAAAUCGAUUAGAUCUUCCACCUCAGCGCUCAGGCUUUUCUUUUAUGUGAUUGUGGUGCUGCUUAUUGACGGGAGCUUGACAUCUUGUCAUGGCUUAAUUACAAACACGUCGAAACUCACGUAAAUUUAACUCACCAAACGUGCGAGAGCCCAUCAUUUGUAAAGCAGUCUGUCCGACACACUCGAUGACACACACACGUUAGUUUAUGUUUAUGUCGCACAAUAUUAGUGAUCGGGUGCCACCCUGUGUUUAUGAAGAGUACUGCAAGAAGACUGAAGCGAGCAAAUAGGUGCACACAUAAAAGAUAGUUUCACAAUUUGAAAAAUUAUGAAUGGCGGUUUUCACCUUCUUGAAAACCUAUAAAUAGCUUAAUGAAAGUAAUAUAUACGUAUUUAUUUUUAGUUACUAAAAUUUAACUAGAAUAUUGUUAACAAAUCACAAUUUUGCAUGCUGUGGGGGUCUGUUGUUAAUAUGUUAACUAUUACUAAACAUUUUGAAUAUCUAGUAGAUUUCUUUUUAUGAAUUUGUCAAAUGACAUGUAUUUGUUAAAAUACAUAUUAAUAGCAAAACCAAUAAUAGAUGCUGGUGUCUAGUCUAGUCUAGUGGUGCUUUUUUCAGCAGUGCAAUAAAUGAACCAUUUUUAAAGGUAGGAUAAGGAUAGCUUAAACUAACCAUUAACUUCAGACCAAUUGUUCAUCACAUACAGAGACACAUUCUCUGCCUGGCAGAAGCAGAUCACCCUCUAUUAUAAGGUCACUGCAGAUUUAGCCAUGAACUAAAUGAAAUAUCCACACUGUAAAGAGAGAGAUAAAGGGCAAAUAAAACCACUUCUGCCCCUGCUGUCAUCUCCAGCUCAUCUACUUGUAAGACAAGCUCUGUGCUGUGUAUGAUCUGUGUAUGUUGUCAACAUAGAACAUUAAAAUGAUUUUUGAUAAAUCUGUAAUAAUAUGAAGUAAUUCUCCAUAUUGAUAGUUUGCAGCUGUUUUAUCUGGAUUUUGAAUUUAGCAUGUCACGACAUUGUUUUAGAAUGAACAGAAAUGUCUGUAGAAUUAAUAGAUAAUUUCAUGGCAC